GUGAGAGAGAGAGCGAGAGAGAGAGAGGUUACAGAAACCAAAAACAGAAACCUGCCUUAAAAUCACUGGAAGCAUUCUUCCUAGAAGCCGAAACCGCCUUUAUCAGUCACAACAUGGAGGAUAUAAGCAUCGACCAGAAAAGGCUCCCCGGCGUCAAAGAAGUGUGUCGCGAUUUUGCAGUGCUGGAGGAUCACUGUCUGGCCCACAACCUUCAAGAACAAGAAAUUGAGAGCCACCUGGCCUCCAACAUCCACAAGAGUCGUCUGGUGCAGGAGGAUCUCCGGGUGGCCAAGCGUCUCCAAGAAGAAGAGGACCAGCGGGCCAAAGCCCAAAGCCAAAAACAGCACCAAGACAUUGAACGCACUGACAACGAAAUAGCUCAAGAGAUUCAGGAGCAGCUGGUCCGGCAGGCCGAGAAGCAGAAGCAACAGGAGGCUAAGGAUGAGGCCAUUGCUCGUAAGCUGCAGGAGCGAGAGAUGAAAGAGGAACGGAAGAGGCAGAAACAGCUGGAGGCCAAACUGGAAGAGCAGUACUAUGAAGACAAAGGAGCCUCCCGACCCCCUUCAGACCCUUAUGUGGAAUACUCAGGUUCUGACUUGGCAGUGUCUGGCAGAGAAAGGUACCGAGACGUAAGUCGAGGUCGAUCUCCAGAUCACUGGCCUCAAAAAUUAGAACAAAAUAGACGACUGGACAGUCAUGAUAAUCAAAACAGGUACCCUGAAGAUGACCCAGUUGAAGGUGAUCACUACAGAGUCUACGAGCGUCAUAAAUCUGAACAGAAUCGAGGGAAAAAUGAAGGCAGGGCAAGAAGGCAAGCACCUGAGCACCACCUCUCAGAGGUAAGGACUAAAUAUCCAGAGGAAUGCUUGGCUGGAAGAAACAAAUACACAGAAGCAGAACCACGUUACAACCAGGACCUGGCGUUGACCAUGAAGGAGCGAGCACAUAGAGAUGACCCAUCUGACAGGGACAGGACAAGGAGAAAAGAUCGAGAUCAAGAGAAAGGAAGAGAAAGAAGGAGAAAAGGAGAUAAGGCACAAUACAGAGACAAAAGUCAAGAUAAGCUGAAUAGGGACCCCAGUAGAGACAGGCUCAGGCACAAAGAAGUGGACAUGGGACAAAAUGGCCAUAGACACAGAAGCAGAGAUUUAGAUGUGGACUUGGAAAUAGACAAACGUGGACGUAGGGAGAGAGAAAGGGAUGAGGAAAGACAUUGGAGUAGGGACAGAAGCAGAGGCCAAGAGUUGGAUCAUCCGUCUUCCCGUACACGUUUUUCAGAAGAAAGAGAGGAGAAUGCAGACUACAGCAACAGGCAGAGGCUCCACAGCAAUGAUGAGGUGUUUGAGGAGCCCAGAUCUAGAAGUCACCACAAAGGGCAAACCCUGGGGCAUAGAGGACGAAACGUACAGGAGGAGUACGGGGUGAGGGAAGCAAUACAUGGUUUGUCUCAGAUAGACCUGCGAACCCAGGAGCUCAGAGACUUGGAGGUGGCACGCAGGCUACAGGAAGAGGAGCUCUUGGCGAGUAAACUUGACAAACGUGCCGCUCAAGUUGCACAAGAUGAGGAAAUAGCUCGACAAUUCAUGGAGGAAGAGGAAAGGGGGUACAAGAAGUCUAGAGAGAAAGAGAGACAGCAUAGACGAGCCGAGGGAGACCCCAGGCCCACGGAGGAGGAAAUGGCCCGACCGCGAACACGAGACGAGUAUGACUACCAAAAAGCUCGGAAUCCCAAAUCAUCCAGACCUCCACCACAUAUCCAUAACUAUGUGAAUGUUGACUCCAGUUAUGCUUAUUCCGACAACUACGCCCCUCGCCCGCCUUCCAGACCCGAGGCUGCUUAUAAAGGUGCCUACUAUAGACAGUGACUCGAGGCCCUUGCUGUCACUUCAUGAUUUGUGCUGUACUUCUGUUUUUGUUUUGUUUUUUCUUCACUUUUUGAAGAUUACUGUAUACUGCUAGGGGGAUGUUGCUGGGUCUGUUUUUGCGCUGAUCUCAUAUAAACCACCAAGUCCAGACUUUUGAAUGCACACACCCAUCGUCAUAGCUCUGUGUGCACGAGGAUUAAGCACCCAUUUCUUGUGCAUGUUUGAAGAAUUUUCUGACAACAAUGACAGAUUUUUUUUAAUUUAUUUUUAAUUUAUGUUUUGUAAAAAUGAACAUGAAGAUCAUAUAAUUUACUUUUCUAGAUAUUACAUUGUUGUGAUAUCAGUGUUGUAAUGAGUAAAUGUCUGUACUGCCACAUACUGUACACACAUUAGCCAUGCCAGUACAUUGACAACUGAUGUACACUUCCUUUUCACACCAGCAGGUGUGUGUCCUGCGUGUUGUUGGUGUUUUUUUGUUUUUUUUGGUCGCAACCUUGAAUUCAACUGAGCAUGGCAUUUAUAUUUGCAAAGACAAAUGCAACAAUAAACCCAGAACAGGAGUGAGUAUUUCCUGCUCGUUAUGCCAUGUGUCAGGUUGUUUUCAGUACAAAAUGAUCUCAGUCUAUCUGCAUUUAUUCAGGGAAAUGUGCAACACAAUUAUUUGGACUACAUGUUUCCCUGUGUGGAACUGAAAGACAAACACAAGUUAAAUUCCUUUGGUACAGUAUUAGUGCCUCUACUAUUCAGUUCAGUUGCCAGUACUAUAUGCCUCUGUCUUGUAUUCAUAAACAUGAAAACAUCACUUAUCUGUCAUUGAAGGACUGAAAAAGCUACUAUACUGAAGUGAAGUUACUGAGUAUUAUUCAACAGUUUUUCUUUGUUGAACCGAUUUAUUUGCCAGUAUGUACAUUUAAGUGAUGAUUCUACAUAUUAAGAUAUAAGGUGGUCCAUGGAUUAGUGGAGAUGCCUCGCCUGCUCUUUAUCUGCCAGAAAUAAAUGGUAUUGCAUUCAUGUUUUUCACUGAAUGUAAAGUGAUUAGCUGUUUGUUGCUAGAUGAUCAUUUCGGGACUAUAAUAAAAUGCUUGCUGAAAAGUGACUUUGCUUUAACUACUGUCAUCAGCUCAUAUUUCACGGAGCAAGGAAUCUGAUUUAUAUACCAAGAUUUUAAGAGGCAAUAAAAAAAUUAAAAAUCGUCCAUUUGUUUAUUCAAUGGUUAAAUUCAUGCUCAGAAAAGGCUGUGACUAUAACUAUUUGUUCUACAAUCAAAUGCUGUAUGUCUUGUGAUCAACCAUGAACGUUUGUAUCUUGCACAUUAUUUCAUAGUAACACUGGCCAAGUAUGAUUUAAAUAAGAAAUAAAUGGAUUUAAGUAAGA